GUUGUCCUCCGUAGCGAAAGGAUCUCGAAUUCCGAACAAUUUCUACAAAUUUUUUCCCCCUCUCUUUGCGCCAUGUCUCGAGCACACCGUCGCCAAAAAGUGGCCUAUUCCACCCCCCUCACCCCCUUUGAAACCCCGUCCGAGUGGGGCUUCACCCGACCAGUGUCCACCAUCUCGGGGGGAUCGGACAAGUCGGAGGAUACCCGGACAUCUUCAUCACAAGCCCCGUCCUCAAUUUACGGACGAAAUCAACACAAAUUUGUCCUUUCUUCAAGAUCGUCGACAUCUUCGAGUCGGUACGUGACCGCGCCCGCGCCCUCGUCGUCGUCUUCUUCAAGCCGGUAUGUGACCGCGCCCUCGUCGUCGUCAUCAUUUUCGUCUUCCAGCCAUCACCACGUGACCACCACGUGUGAGUCCGUCGGGGGAAAAGGAAGGUUCAAAAAUGUGGAGAUGCGCAGGAGGAGAGGAAAUUACCGUCGUGAACCGGCCCCCGUGGAGGAUCUCUUCGACAAGUAUGACAACGACCCAUCCUUCACGGGAGGAGUCGUCAAAUGCCACGAGUUUGUCCAAACCCACUUUGGAAAAAAGUAUCCCAGGCAAAUUCAAGUUGGAAAUCUUCUCCAGAAGAGAGAAGAGAUCCGGGCCCGAUUUUUCGGGGAUGGACAACCCGUCUCGGACCGGAACAGAGUCGUCCUCGACCCCUUUUCCUACAUGACGCCGCCUCGGAUUGGACGUCAUUCUCCAGCGCCCAGCAGUGGGAGUGGAUGCUCAUUUCUUUAAUAAACAUGUAAUUGUGAGAGAAUUAUCACUCCGUUAUUUUCAGAAAUAUUCAAUUUAUUACGUACUAAUUAAAAUCACAAUUUUUCAAAAAUCUGUAUUACUUUAAAAAUACGUAGUUUAACAAAAUCUGCAUAAUUUUAAAAAUAGAUGUUU